AUGAAUUAAAAUUAAGACAGUCAUGUUAUUUAUCAAGAAUUGUUAACUAGCUCCUUGAAUAAGUUGCUGAAGCUCCUUCCAAAAUAAAUGGUCAGUCUUAAGACAUUGAUUGAGAAAUCAUUAGAGCAAAUUGAAUAGACAAAAAAUGAUGUUAAUCGGUUUGCUACAAAUGCCAACAAGUAUUUCAUUAUCUACAAGUAUUGCAUCGAUAUCAAACAUAAUAAAAUCACUGAAUGCUGCCUAUAUGACCUUGAAAAAUUGAUAUCCUAAAACUUCAUAGAUGGUUAUUCUUAUGAUUAUUUGGAAUUUGAAAAGGGAAAGCAAUAAGAUAGGAUGCUCAUAGAUUCAAUAGUGGAGUCCAUAAUAAGCUGCACUAAAUUGUAAGAUGAAAAUUUGCAUUAUCUGAUUGUGAAAUGCAUAGAUGCAUUAUUUAAAUAGUAAAGAUUGUUGAUCAGUGGAGAGACCCUAUCGUCCACACUUAAAACCUAUUUACAUCUCUAUAAAUUAGGAAUGGGUUCUGUUAAGAAUAGUAUCAAAUUGGCCAUCAAGAGCGUAUAUGAUAAUAGUCAAGUAAAAGUUGAUAUGGAAAAUAUGUUGAACAAAGGCUUGUCAUGGAAUUCCUUUUAUGACGAGCCCAAGGAGAUAGAAGAAGUAGCAAUAUCUGACGGGGACAUCGUUGAAUAUGUGUCCAUCACUUUGAGACACAUGGUCGAUGAUGUUAUCUUAUACAAUGAAAGAAUUAAAACUGGAUAGGCAAACAUCCCAAUCGCAUCUGUUCCUUAGGCUUGGGAGGCAGAGGACAUAAAAUACAAAAACUAUAUAGAAGUUAAGGUAGUUGACAAUGGGAUCACAUCAGGAAAAUUUGGGUGGUGCAUUUUAUGCAGACAGCCAGCCCCUUAUUUUUGCAAAGAUACUAGAGUACCUGUUUGUUCAGUACCCUGUAAAAAGAAGCAUUUCGAAAUGAUAGAAAACAUUAAGAUAAUGUAAAGUGGAUAAUAAAGUAAGAAUGAUGAUUGUCAAAUUAUCUUUAAAUAUUUAUGUUCGAAAGCAAAUAAGGAAAAAAAUAUCAAGAAAGAAAUUUGUUUGGAUUUUAUUCUAUUUAUUGUUGAAUCAUAUCCAUUACAUAUUUAGUCUCUAAAUUUUGAUGAGAAUUGCAUCAAUAUGAUCUGUUUAAAUUUGAAAAAUAAAAGAACAUCAAGUACAACAUUCAAAAUAUUAUCGUUACUAAUACUCCAUACAAGAGAUCUCUUACAGGUUCAAUUAGAAAUUAUAUUCGAUUUUGUCAUUAAUAAAUUGCCUUGUGAUUAAACAUCAGCUUUUCUUGAUUUUGUGCUUUAAUUGAUUGAGUAUCCAAAGUUAAUAUUGGAACUGUUUACCAAUCAUGAUUGUGUAAUUGAAAGAAAGAAUUUAGUCUAAACGUUAUUUGAAAAGGUUGCCUAAAUUGCAUAGGGAGAAUAGACUAAUUAAGAUAGCUGUCUCAUUGCAAAUAGUAUCAUAUAAAAACAUCUCCAACAAUUUAUCAAACUCGUUUAAGAAGAAUAAAACAAUAGUAUUGCUGGGUAUAAUUCAGAAUAGAUUGAGGAGUAGAAUCAUGAUUAAUUAAAAAAGAUGAUUAAAAAUAUAGAACAUUUUGAUCAGUAAUUUAAUUAUAUAUAUAAGGGCAUGAAAAAUAGACUCUAAAGAUUUUCACUUAAUUGGAAAGAAGGAUUAGAAUAUCUGAUAAAUUAAGGAAUUCUAGAGGAAAACAAUCAUGCUUAAAUUGCUUAAUUUCUACAAGAUAAUCCUUUUAAUAAGGAGUAGUUGGGGUAAUUCUUUGGAUCUAGUAAGGAGAAUCAUUAAUUGAUAUUUUAAAUUUACUCAUAAUCUAUCGAUUUUAAAGGCUAUCACAUAGUGGAUGCUUUAAGGAAAUAUCUUAAUUAUUUUACUUUGCCAGGAGAAGCAUAAUAAGUGGAUAGAUGUAUGUUGGUAUUUUCACAGAAGUUUUUUUAAGACAAUCCUGUUGAUGUGUUCAAGACUAGUGAUGAGACAUAUGUGUUUUCAUAUCUGUUAAUUAUUUUGCAAACUGAUAUCUAUAAUAAGUCUGUCAAAACGAAAAUGACAUUUUAACAAUUUUGCAAAUCUUCAAAAUUAUCAAUGGAAAGAGAUUUAGGAGAGGAGUAUUUGAGAUAUUGUUAUGAUUAAAUCUUAUAAGAACCCUUAGCCAUUCAUUCCAGUAUUGAGAAGUAGUAGAAUUCUCAAAUCAACUGGAUGAAUUUAGAGAGAAAAUCGUUGCAAUAGAAAAUCUAUAUCUUUAUGCCUCGAAUAGAUUAUAUCAAACUAUUUAUGGAAGUAUUUUGGCCAGCUUUAUUUGUUAAUUUGAAUGUAACUAUUGAGAGAACAGAAAAUGUUUAGAUAAUAUCAAUUGCUAUGCAAAAUGCAACCUUCACUCUCUAAUUAAUGAGCAUGGUGGGCAUUUGCGAUCUAUGCCAACAAUUUAUAUAGUGGUUAUGCUAAUUAGCCUCCUUGGAAAACAAAUAGUUAAAAUAAAAAAAUUAUAAGGCUCUGCAGUGCAUUAUAGAUUUAGCAAUAAAAAAUGGGAAUGCUUUAAAGAAUAAUUGGAGACCAGUGCUGGAAAUCAUUAGUUCAAUUAAUUAUUUACUUAAUGAGAAAUAGAAAGGGAAAAUCCUUUAGGAACCUUUGGAGAGUAUCAGCAAGAAUAUACAAAACAUUAUUGAAAUUUCUAGCAUUGAUAAGGUGAUGUAGAAUACAAGUAAUAUGGACUCUAGGACCAUAUUGGACUUCCUGUAAUCAUUAAUUGAUGUAUCUCUCAAUGAAAUUACAUUGCCAGAACCAAGGAUCUUUAGUUUAUAGAGAUUAGUGGAGGUGACUAGUUUUAAUAUGGAUAGAAUAAGAUUGAUAUGGAUGUAGAUUUGGAAUCUAUUGAAGGCUCAUUUCGUAACGGCUGGCAUUCAUUCCAAUUCUGAUAUAUCUUUGUAUGCUUGUGAUCAACUGAAACAAAUGAGUGUAAAGUUUAUUUAACAAUACGAGCAUAACAACUUUAAAUUCUAAAUGGAAUUUUUACAACCUUUUGAAUUGAUUUAUGCUCAAACAUCAUUUUCAGAAGUAAAGGAGUUUAUUUUGUCAUGUAUGAGGAUGUUGGCUCACAUGUGUUAUUAUAAAUUGAAGAGUGGUUGGAGAGUAGUUUUCAAGAUAAUCAAUUAAUCUCUUUAAGAAUCGAUAGUUUUGGUAAAUAUAUCAAUAGAUGUCUUAAACAAAGUGUUCAGUGAGGAUCUAAUCAAUCUAAAAGACAUCUUUGAUGAAAUUGAUUAAACAUUCUAAUUUCUCUUUAAUCGAGAAGAAUAACAUGUAUUAUUGAAGGGGAUUGAGUUUGUUCAAAAUGCAGUAGAAUCAUUAAUGAAACAUGACAACAAUUUGUAUUAUGCAUUUUGGAUGCAAUCAUUAGCUCAUAUAUGCAAUUUAUUCUAAAAUAAUCAGUAGUAAAUUUAAGAGUAAGCAAUCCAAUCAUUCUUCAAGAUAUUGAAAUCAAACACACAAAACAUAAAAGGACAUCAAUAUGUACAAAUAAUGAAGGGAAUGAUGAAAGAAUUAUUUGUCUCCUUAAGCAAAGCAAAGAAAGAAAUAUGCUAAAUGGCUCAUAAAAGUCUAUUGGAGUUGGUAUUUGAUCAUGACAUCAAGGAAGCCUACAAUGAAAUAUCGACAAUUUUAUUAAAUAGUACAUUCUAAACCAAUGAAUAUUUGGCAAAGACAAGCGUGAUGACUUUUAAAUCGAUCAUUAUUAAGGAGGGAUAGAAAUUGGAUUGGAACUAGACCAUUCAAAUUUUGGAUCUAAUGGUUUAAAAUACAACUCCAAAUGUUCUAUUUGAGGCAGCCUAAUUAGAUUAAUCAAUCAUUGACGACUUAUUAAGUUUAAAUCUACCUAAAAAUCAAAUUAAAUUGAAUUCAGAUUAAUUAACUCUGAAAUGCAUCUUAUAAUUAAUGUUGAUUGACAUCAUCCAAGAUAUAGUGGAUCAUCACAUCAAGUUACUUAAUGAAAAGACUUAUUAAUAUCUAUUAAAUAUUGCAUAGAACCUAUUUAAAAUGUCAUUUAGAUUUAAUAGAUAAAUUAAAUUAAGAUAUUUUUUAUAACAAUAAGGAUUUAUGCCUAAUUUAUAGUAAUUACCUGGCUUAAUCAAAUAAGAAAAAUCAUCAGCAAUUGGUAUUCUGAAUUUACUCCACAAAUAAUCAUAAGUCAAUGAAGAAUUGCUCAAAGAUUUGAUUUAAUUUAUUAUCGAAAUUUUAGAGGACACUAAAGUAUUAGGAUAGAUACAAGUUAAUAAUCAAUUCAAAGUAGAAUUAGAGAAAAUUAUUAUCAAUAAUCUAUCCAUAAUCCAAGUGAGUGUAAUACCAAUUUUAAAUGUCUUAGACCUAAAAAAAAUUCAAGAUAAAAUAAAAUCGUUGUUAACUUAUUUUGUUCAAUUGCCAUCUUGCUAUUCACUAUUAGUGAGUCAAUGUCCACAUUGUCAAACUUGUCCAUAUAAAUGUAUGCAGAAGUAAGAGUGGAAGAAGCUUUUUGAAUAAAUCCAAUAAUUGUAGUUGAAAUUGAUAAGUUAAAUAUGA